AUGAGCGCGGAAGGGGGUGUGGGUGUGUCCGGCAGAGCUGGUGGUGGCGGCCAGCUCGGGUUCUUCGAGGUAGAUGCGAUGAAAACAGGCGGGAAAUCGAACUCUUUCGCACGGAUAGAGACGGUUGAGGUUGAGGUUGUAUGGAGGUUUGAGGGCGGUGGUAUCGUCCGGCCGAUGCUCCCCAGGGACAACCCCAGACUGGGAGGUUGCCCAAGCCCGCCGUCCGGCCCGGCUAUCUGGCCUGAUGGAGUUCAGCGCAAGACAAGGUCGAGGUCAUUGAGAAACAGCAAAGUCGAGGGGUCAAUGGCGUUCGUUGUUGGAAUCAGCGCGAGUCGGCUAGGUAACUUUGCCUCCACUGUCAAGUCAGAUCGGGCACCUGGGUGGGUGGGUGGGUGGUAG